GUUUGGGAGAUUUCACACACCGCGACCUUGAAAACAGUGCAGAACGCCUGAUGCGGCGAGCUCUUGUUGCGGCGCUGGCGCCGGCCGGGUGUGCGCUUUACGCAGACAGCUUCGACCUGCUGAUGGCUCCCAUCGAGGAGAUCAUCUCAGAACACGAGCAUUGCAGCUGGGCCAACCCCAUAGACCUCCCUGUGACGGCAUCCACCUCCAGUGACUUCGAGGCUGAGAUCGAGAUUCGCGAAGAUGAGUGCGGAAACCGCCUGUUAAUGAUGGGCGGAAUGAUUCAGUGCCACAGCGUCGAUGAAUUUAUCUACCACGAGAUGAUGGUGCACCCGGCUUUCUCUACCUUUUUCGCCCAGAACGGCCGUGCCCCUUCGCACGUAUUCCUGGGCGGCUCCGGUGAUGGGGCUGGGCCCCGGGAGGUGCUGCGGUGGCGGAAUCUUCGCAAUGCCACCAUGGUGGACAUCGACUUUGAGGUCACCCGCUUUUCUUUGGAGUGGAUACCUUCCUUGGCCAGGGGCAGCUUUGAAGAUCCCAGGCUUCACCUUGUCACCGGCGAUGCCUGGGGCUGGCUCCAAGGCUCUAACGACAUCUUUGAUGUCAUCAUCCUGGACUUCCCAGAUGCUUUUGACAAUGUAAUGUUGGAGAAGCUCUAUAGUCAAGAGUUCUAUCGACUCUGCCGGGCUCACAUGCAUGCUGGCAGCGUGCUUGUGGCCCAGACGGGGCCUUGUACACAGGUGGCAAGGUCUGGAUUUCGAGCACAGUGCCCCGUGCUCGAGUCCCUGAUUCUGGCCAACAUGGCAGCCGUCUUCGAAGACGUGGAGACGAUGCUCCACCCUAUGGCCACCUGGAAGCCCGAGCGCCGCGCUGCCUCGGAGUGGUCCAGCUUUACCUUGGCCAGGAUGGCCUCUUCUCCUGCGCUGGCCGCUGCAGCGGACGGCGAGCCUUGGCGCGAUGAGAUUGAUGGCGCGCUGAGAUACUACAGUCGCGAUGUGCACGUUGCUGCUUUGGACCAUCCACGACCGCUGGUGUUUCGUCUCCAGAGCCUAGCGCGCAAGGAGCCCCCAGCGCAGGAAGAGCUUUGAGGUGGGCACCGUUGAGCUCGCUUUGCAAAGCGCGGCCUCACUUGCGCAGCAACGGC